GUUAGGUUGUGCGCACUCAGUCCUCAGUCAAGAAUCUCAUACCCCUGCUUUAUUACUGAUACCCGCGAAUGUGUACAAGUCUAUCCCACUUACAGCUCCGCCUUUCUCUCUUCGCCCUGCGGCUCGCUCUUGAAGCACCCGAGUCUUUCUUUCGAACAGUAGCAUAUGAAAUUGUCCACACUGCAAGUUUUUAGGCUGGACUGAUCUUAUCAAAUCACGUGCACAAACUCCAGCAGCAGCGGACACUCCUUUCCUCCGACUGAUGUACCCGCUCCGCACGAAGUACAUGUCAAUACCGAGUCACUCGCGUUCUUGGUAUCAGCGUCGUCCCCGCGCCGAUCACGGAUGAGCUGGCUCGAGGCACCGCCUUGCGGCUGACAGGGCGUCGUCUUCUGGUGCGUAGUGUGUAUUUACGCGCUGGCGCUGCGACCUCAUGACGGACAUCUUUCCUCGGGCUGAUGCAAGCUCUACUCGUAUGAUCUUGGCGGCGAUAUUCGGACGCGUGUUUUGUGGCAUUGAUUCUGGGCAAUGGUCACAAGGUCAGCCUUGCUGAGUGCUUGCGCGUCCAUCCCCCUUGGCUUUUUACCCUGUGUGACCGCGUCCCGACAUCCUUCCUGAUAGAUACAUAAACCCCGGCUUCUGCGCCCGUGUGGUGGGCAAAUCUGUCCGUGUGGCCUAAUCACCCCGAUUGGGAAACAGCGGAGGUCUUCACUCUGCUGUGUCUCCGCGCAUACAUCCA